GCAACCCGAGAGGAAAAAAAAAAGAAACCCAGCCAGCCUUUGAGGAAACCGGUGAGAUAAGCUUGAUUUCUCCUUCUUUUCUUCCCCAGCCAUUUCCCGAUUAUGCUCUUCUUCUUCCCGCUGCAGCCGAACAAAGCCCCUAAGCUGCUGGCGACUUCCUCCCUUGAAAAACCGGUAAAGCUUGGAAUUUCUCCUUCUUUCUUGCCCAAGAACCUGAUUUGGAACCCAGAAAUUCUCCCCCCCUUUCUGGAAAUCCGGAUCUGCUCUGUUCUUCCUUCCUCACCGCCGGCUGCUCCUGCUUUGUGGGGGCGAAUUGCUUUGAAUUUUCGAUCCGUGAGUUUCUCCCCUGCACUGCCGCCGGCUUCUUCCCCCUGCUAGGUCCAGUUCUUGCUGGAAAAUUCUGGUAUGUGACAGCCAUUUAAGGCUUAAAUUAUCCAUUUAAGGUUGCUGCUUUGUGAUGUCCGAAUUUGGCUAAAAAUGGGGGAUAAUUCCGGUAACUUUAGGAUGAGAUUUAAGCAUUGAUUCAAGUGGAAUUUAUAUGAUUGAGUGUUAAUUGAUUGCUAUGUGAUUUUUGGAGAAAAUCCUGUGGAUUAGUUAGUGUUUUGGCCAAUUUGUGGGAGUAGAGAUACUGUUUACAUCGUGGUUACUGUUCACGGGCACUGUUCACGGGCACUGUUCACACACCGAGAUUAACAAUUAACGAGGAUUUAAAUGAUUAGUUUGUGAUAUAAGAACGAAUUUGGAGAUAUCUGAUAAUGUGGAGAUUUAUGGAAACAGCAUUGUGAUUAGGAAUGAUCCUAAUGAUAAUUUCAGUGUGAAUUUGUGAUAGUCCAGUAUUAAUUCUGAGGUGUUUUGAUUAGGUUCUUGAUGGUUCUGUCAGUUUAGUACGUGAAUUGAGUGCUCGGUUUUGCAGAGUGAGGUAAGUAAAUUAUGGUAACGCCCUUUGAUUUUUAAAAGCAUGUUUUGAUUUGUUUUUGAAGUGGUGGCGGGACUAAACCCGUUUUACACAAGUAUGACUGAUUUGAAGUGAAAUGUUUUAUGCUUUUCAUUAAAUUGAGCAUGCCUACUUGAAAUUUAAGUGACUGUCCUGAUGAUCUUAAAGUGAUUGUGAAUUGUGAUUUUCCUGUUAACUUCUGCCUGUUUUGUCUCCGAUGUGAUCAUGUUAUUAGUGACCCUGCUAGUGGGGGAGGUUAUAAACUCUAGCACAUGUCGACAUGUUAUUGAUAGAACCGGUUCGUUGAGUGACCCUACUUGUGGGGUUAUACACCAACAAACAGUGACCCUGCUU